CCUGGACCUGAAAGGAGGCCCAUGGAGCUUGGGGCCACAGGCCACAGAGGACAAGGGCCAGACACCCCAGCCAUGGUUCCAGGCCAUUGAUCCAACCUAAGCUGGCCAGCUGGGGGUGGAGUGACCUUGGCCUGGAUAAACAGAGGCUUCCAGGCCUGUGUGCAGGCCCGGCACCUACCUUCCACUCUUGAAGAUGCCAAGAUGUCUACGGCUCCCCUGUUCUACCAGGAGGCCCGCCACUGAGGUUCCCCAAGCGUCUGAUGGGCAGGGAAAUGGAGGUGAUGGACAGGAAGCUGCCGAGCCAGGGGGGAUGUUCAACACCCCAAAAAACACCAAAAGAAAAAGCCGGGACUACCUCCGCUUCACACCGCUGUUGCUGGUCUUGGUUGCGCUGGCCUCAGCAGGAGUCACACUUUGGUAUUUCCUAGGGUACAAGGCAGAAGCCACUGUUAGCCAGGUGUACACUGGCAGUCUCCGGGUGCUCAACCGCCAUUUCUCCCCGGACCUGGCCCGACGGGAGUCCACUGCUUUCCGCAGUGAAGCUGCCAAAGCCCAGAGGAUGCUCAAAGAGCUGAUUGCCAGCACUCACCUGGGCUUAUACUACAACUCCAGUUCCAUCUACUCCUUUGGGGAGGGGUCCCUCACAUGCUUCUUCUGGUUUAUCCUUGACAUUCCCGAGUACCAGCGGCUGACGCUGAGCCCUGAGGUGGUACGAGGGCUUCUGGCGGGGGAGUUACUGUCCAACAGCUCGACCCUGGCUUCCUAUAAGACGGAAUAUGAGGUGGACCCCGAAAGCCUGGUGAUCCUGGAAGCCAGCGUGAACGACAUAGUCGUACUGAAUUCCACGCUGGGCUGUUACCGUUACAGCUACGUGAAGCCAAACCAGGUCCUUCGGUUAAGGGGGCCCGACCAGCAGUCCACCAGCUGCCUGUGGCACCUGCAGGGCCCUAAGGACCUCAUGCUUAAAGUGAGGCUCGAGUGGACCCAGGUUGACUGCAGAGACAGGGUGGCGAUGUACGACGCGGCUGGGCCCCUGGAGAAGAGACUUAUCACCUCGGUCUACGGGUGCAGCCGCCAGGAACCCGUCAUGGAGGUGCUGGCAUCGGGCUCCGUCAUGGCAGUGGUGUGGAAGAAGGGCAUGCAUAGCUACUAUGACCCCUUCUUGCUCUCAGUGAAGUCUGUGGCCUUCCAAGACUGCCAGGUGAACCUGACGCUGGAGGGCCGGCUGGACCUGCAGGGCUUCCUCCACACACCCUACUACCCCAGUUACUACUCGCCCACUACCCACUGCUCCUGGCAUCUCACCGUCCCCUCUCUGGACUACGGCUUGGCACUCUGGUUUGAUGCCUACGCACUGAGGAGGCAGAAGUACAACCUACUGUGUACUCAGGGCCAGUGGAUGAUCCAGAACAGGAGGCUGUGUGGCUUCCGCACCCUGCAGCCCUAUGCUGAGAGGAUCCCUGUGGUGGCCUCAGCUGGCGUUACCAUCACCUUCACCUCCCAGAUCUCCCUCACAGGCCCCGGUGUGCAAGUAUACUACAGUUUGUACAACCAGUCAGACCCCUGCCCCGGAGAGUUCCUCUGCUCCGUGAAUGGCUUGUGCGUCCCUGUCUGUGACGGGAUCAAGGACUGCCCCAACGGCCUGGAUGAGAGAAACUGUGUCUGCAGAGCCACAUUCCAGUGCCAAGAGGACAGCACAUGCAUUUCACUGCCCAAAGUCUGUGACCGGCAGCCUGACUGUCUCAACGGCAGCGACGAAGAGCAGUGCCAAGAAGGAGUACCCUGUGGGACAUUCACCUUCCAGUGUGAGGACCGCAGCUGUGUGAAGAAGCCCAACCCAGAGUGUGACGGGCAGUCGGACUGCAGCGAUGGUUCAGAUGAGCAGCACUGCGCCUUUCUUCCUCUCUUCUCUGUCCACCACCACCCCCGCCCUCUCCCAACCUCAGACUGUGGCCUCCAGGGCCCCUCCAGCCGCAUUGUGGGUGGGGCCGUGUCCUCCGAGGGUGAGUGGCCAUGGCAGGCCAGCCUCCAGAUCCGGGGCCGACACAUCUGUGGGGGGGCUCUCAUCGCUGACCGCUGGGUCAUGACAGCCGCCCACUGCUUCCAGGAGGACAGCAUGGCCUCUCCCAGGCUGUGGACGGUGUUCCUGGGCAAGAUGCGGCAGAACUCGCGCUGGCCAGGCGAGGUGUCCUUCAAGGUGAGUCGCCUGUUCCUGCACCCGUACCACGAGGAGGACAGCCACGACUACGACGUGGCCCUGCUGCAGCUGGACCACCCUGUGGUGUACUCGGCCACCGUGCGCCCCGUCUGCCUGCCUGCGCCCUCUCACUUCUUCGAGCCGGGCCAGCGUUGCUGGAUCACAGGCUGGGGAGCCCUGCGUGAGGGUGGUCCCAGCAGCAGCACCCUUCAGAAGGUGGAUGUGGAACUGGUCCCUCAGGACCUGUGCAGUGAGGCCUAUCGCUACCAGGUGACCCCGCGCAUGCUCUGUGCUGGCUACCGCAAGGGCAAGAAGGAUGCCUGCCAGGGCGACUCUGGAGGUCCACUGGUUUGCAGGGAGCCCAGUGGCCGCUGGUUCCUGGCAGGGUUGGUUAGCUGGGGCCUGGGCUGUGGCCGACCUAACUUCUUUGGCGUAUACACUCGUGUCACCCAUGUGAUCAACUGGAUCCGGCAGGUGCUAACCUGAGGGGCUGUUCUACAGGGCUGGACAUGUUUCCGGCCCAAGCUCCUGUCCAGCCAGGGCACAAGUAUUUUGGAGCAAAUGAUCCUGCUGAGGUCUGUUCCCCCCAAGGCCUACCCCCGUGAGAGCACAGAGAAGGAAUGUCAGCUGUCGGCUGGGAUGUCUCCUGAGAUUCAGGGGCCAGCCUCGUCAUGACUUCACCUCCAACCCUUUCUCAUUUUGGUCAUUUCCUCUCUCCCCCUCCUGCCAGUGUCUUGCGUGAGGUCUGGGGGCCAUGACGCUGGCUCCCAGGUCUCAGCAGGAAAGUAAGAUUCCUUCCCCUUGCAAAAGCCUCUUGGGGAGGGGCUCGGAGAAUACAUUCCAGGCCGGGAGCUCCAAGUACCUAGACAAAAGGUGCCUCCAUCAAGGGGAACCCUCAGAGCCCUUGAGACUGCCAAGUGGGCCACACCGUAAGCCAAACCAUGGGGCAGCCCCAGGGGCAGGUCCUCCCUGCCAUUCACUGGAGGCCCACCGCCUGUUCUGAAAAUAAACCGCUUCACCAAG